AUGGGAAAUUGCUGUAAUGGGAAUUAAAUGCUAGAUAAACAGAAUCCAUAAAUUAUUUUAGUUACAGACUAAUAAAAUAGCUCUCUUUAAGUUGAUAGAGCAGCUAUCAAAAUUCAAUCUUAUUUCAGAGGAAUUAAGGUUAGAAAAGACAUGAAAUCUAUGAAAAAUUAAUAUCAUAGUAAUAAUGAACAUGCCCCUUUGACUUUGGUUGCUAAACUAUCCAGAAUGCCUAAUUAUCUUACUGAAAAAACAAAAAAAGUACUUGAUGAAUAAGGACCAUUUGAAGAAAUGUCAGAACUAGAUUUGCCUAAAUUAGGCCCUUAUGAGUAUAAUGAUUAAACAGUCUAUUACGGUUAAUAUAAAAAUGGAUUGAAACAUGGUUAUGGUACCCAAAUAUGGAUAGAUGGAUCAAUAUAUGAAGGUUAAUGGCAAAAGAACUCUGCUUAAGGUAUAGGUAGACUGAUUCAUUGUGGUGGAGAUGUUUAUAUAGGAGAAUGGCAGAAUGAUAAAGCCAAUGGAUAUGGGAACCUAUAUUCACGCAGAUGGCGCAAAAUAUGUAGGUUAAUGGAAGGCAUCGAAACGUGGCCUGACAACUCUAUUUUUAAGGGUCAAUACUUAAUGGGCAAGAAACAUGGCAACGGAGAGUUCCAAUGGAAAGAUGGAUCUAAAUAUAUUGGAGAUUUUGAUAAUAAUCUGAUAUAGGGUUAUGGGGAGUACACUUGGUUCGAUGGUAGAAAGUAUAUAGGAACGUGGAAGAACAACAAAAUGGAUGGGCAAGGAUUUUUCACAUGGAUAGACGGUAGGAGAUAUAAUGGAGAAUAUAAAAAUGAUAAAAAGGAUGGAUAUGGAGAAUUUAAAUGGCCAGAUGGACGAAUUUAUCGAGGAUAAUGGUAGAAUGGAAAAUAGCAUGGGUCAGGAAUUUAUAUAGGGGAUUCGAAUGUAGAGAAGCAAGGAAUUUGGGAAUAAGGAAAGAGGGUUAGAUGGAUUCAUAAAGGGGAAUCUAUUAUUACUGAUUGA